UCGCCUGGAGUAACUUUGGGCCGCCCGCCCCUGGCUUGUAAGUCUCUCUCGUCGCCUUCAUUGUGUUCUCCGGCGUUGCCUGUUCCAGAUGAUCACACACGGGGGACGGGGGACUCUCCGCUCACCAAGUCCGGCUCGUCUCACUCACUAGGGUCCGGGCGAGCCUCAAGCGCCUUUGACCAAUCCAAAGCGAUUAUGCAAGACGGAGGACCAAUCAGCUCCGCCAGCUUAUGAAUAUUCAUAGACUUGGCUGAGUCAAAGCUUUUAGGCGAGUUUGUGUAGAUCCACGGCAUCAUGCUUAGACUUUUCAAAGAGACAAACUCCAUUUUCUUAUGAAUGGAAAGUGAAAAGCCCUGUUCCGCUUAAAUUGGGUUCUUUCCUGUCCUGAGAAACACAACAGACCCCAAAAAGGCACGCUGAAGAGAGAACACACACACAGACCAAGCGACAAGAAAUGACCAUGACUACCAUGCCAGAGAGUCUUAAUAGCCCUGUCUCAGGGAAGGCUGUCUUUAUGGAGUUUGGGCCACCCAGCCAGCAAAUGUCUCCUUCUCCCAUGUCCCACGGACACUAUUCCAUGCACUGUUUACACUCAGCUGGCCACUCUCAGCCUGACACCUCGUACAGCACAGCUUCGUCCUUCUCCAGACCGCUGGGCUACCCCUAUGUCAACUCGGUCAGCAGCCACUCGUCUAACCCCUACAUCAGUUCAGUGCAAUCCUACCCCAACAGCUCCAGCCUGACUCAGACCCGGUUAGAGGAGACAGGGGCCGACUCGGAGAAAAGCACGGUGGUAGAAGGAGGGGAAGUUCGCUUUAAUGGGAAAGGGAAAAAAAUCCGCAAGCCCCGGACUAUUUAUUCCAGUUUGCAGUUGCAGGCUUUGAACAGGAGAUUCCAGCAAACUCAGUACUUGGCUCUGCCCGAGAGAGCCGAGCUCGCAGCCUCACUGGGACUCACCCAGACACAGGUGAAGAUCUGGUUCCAGAACAAGCGAUCUAAAUUCAAGAAGCUAAUGAAGCAGGGAGGGGCAGCUUUGGAAAGCGGCGCUCUGGCGAAUGGCAGGGCGCUCUCGGCCAGUUCGCCCCCAGGCCCCCCAGUGUGGAACACCACCUCGUCAUCGGGUAAGACCUCCACGGGGACCCCGGGCACUUACAUACCCAGCUACACAUCGUGGUACCCUUCAGCCCACCAAGAAGCUAUGCAGCAACCUCAGCUGAUGUGAUCACAAACCAGUUUCCCCAUUUCAAGUCCAGACAAAUAAAUAAAUCCAAUCAAUAAACAGAGGAAAGAAAGAGAGGGGGGAAAUAAAAAGAACGAACAACCGAGAAAAGAGUCUCUUGUCUAUAGAGCCAUUAACACUGCAUCCUAGCGUGGUGCAGACAAGCACAGAUGUGAUGCGGGGCUGGUUCCCAACUGCUGACAGCUGACAGAGCAGCCAUUAGAUCAGCCGGAGAACAGCCUGGGAGCAGAGAGAAAAUCCGACCCUCAGCUUUGUGGGACAAUCAGAAAAAUAUGUUUGUAGAGGAAAAAAGCUCUCCUCUGUCCUGUCUGUCUGUCUGUGUCUAGCUGAUGAAAUGUAGGUCAUUUAUUUACCACCCCCACUCCUCUUUAACAGCAAUGCGAAAACAACCUGUACUAUAGCCAGAUAUUUUUCUUUGCAUUUUCCUGUACCCUUCACGACUCGUCUGUGUACAUUUUGAUUGUUGUUGUUAAAGGGAGAGAUAGGGAUUUAAUUUAUUGACUUAAAUUACCACUGUAAGAGUGCGAGAAACACAUGGACUAUCUGGUUUGCAAAGGGCACUGUUUCGACGCACAGUUUACUUUAAACAAAAUAAAACAAAAACAGCAAAAAGAAGGAUGUGAUUUUUAACUUUUACAAUAACUUUUAUACUUUGCUGGUGUGGAGAGGUUUGUUCCGAGUGGUCGGCAUUUUUCACAUCUCUAGUGUUAUUUAACAAAUAAAAGAAAUACACAUUAUUUAAUAUGGAAGUGGAAUCACGGCAGCUGUUCAUCGCUUUAAGUAAUGUAAAGAGACGGAAAGGAAGAAAAUAGUUCCCUAUACUCAGCAAUUGGAAAGAGAUGGGAGGGAAGAAGAGAUGCCAAUUGGCUCUAACGUGACACAAUGCAGCUUUAAACGAAAUCUUGAGGCUUUACCGCAGAAUGCCAAUCUGAAGUCUACAUGCGCUACUGAAGUGCAGGAUCUGAUCGCUGUACAUAUUUUAUUCUUAAUUAUUAUUAUUAUUGUUCUGUAAACAUGUUGCACAAAUUUAGCCUUUUUUCCGUUCCGUUUUGUGUGGCUGUAAAACAUGAUGCUUUGUGACCUGAGAUCUUGACAUUUGACUUGUGAAGUUCGGAAGAUGUGAUAAACUGAGAUCAGUUGUGUCUAGUGUUCUAUAUGUCAAAGUUUAGUUUUAUAUUGAGAAUGUUAACUUAUUGCUUUGUAUUUGGGGAAAAACACAAAUCUUUGUACAUAAGUUAUAAAGUUUCUUUG